AUGUCUGGUGCUGCUGCUGCUUCUGCUGCAGGUUAUGAUAGACAUAUUACUAUCUUUUCACCCGAAGGUCGUCUUUACCAAGUAGAAUAUGCCUUUAAAGCUACGAAUCAAACAAGUAUAAAUUCAUUAGCAAUUAGAGGUAAAAAUUGCUCAGUUAUAAUAAGUCAAAAGAAAGUCCCUGAUAAACUUUUGGAUCCAUCGACGGUUUCUUAUAUUUUUAAAAUUUCCAAGACAAUUGGUAUGGUUAUUAAUGGGCCAAUUCCUGACGCUAGAAAUGCUGCAUUAAGAGCAAAGGCGGAAACAGCUGAAUUCAGAUAUAAAUUUGGUUAUGACAUGCCCUGUGAUGUACUUGCGAAGCGUAUGGCAAAUCUAUCUCAAAUUUAUACACAAAGAGCUUAUAUGAGGCCAUUAGGAGUUAUUCAAACUUACGUCUCUGUAGAUGAGGAACAGGGCCCAUCCAUCUAUAAAUCUGAUCCUGCUGGUUACUUCGUCGGUUAUAAGGCAACUGCAACUGGGCCUAAGCAACAAGAAAUUACAACAAGACUAGAAAAUUACAUCAAGAAGACACCAUCACAAGAUUACAUGCAAGAGGAAUCUUGGGAAAAAGUGGUUGAAUUCGGCAUUACAACAUUGACAGACUCUUUAGGUACAGAAUUCUCCAAGAAAGAUUUAGAAGUCGGUAUUGCGGUUCCAGAUAAUUUCUUUACAUUGACUCCAGAUGAAAUAGAGGAAAGAUUGGUGGCCAUUGCAGAACAGGAUUGA